AUGGUGAAUUUAGCGACGGGCCUGCUCGCGACCGCUGCAACGGUCGGAGCGGUGCUCGCAGCAAGCACCUGGUUCCUGCGCCACUCCAGUCGCCAAAGGAACGUGCUGGCGACCGGACGUUCUGGCGAGGAGAGCCAUCAGCACACAAAUGGCGAUGCGAAGGUUACUGAGGACGCUGGGCCUGUUACCCAGGAAGCCAAGGACUGGGCGGCGUUGUACGACAGGAUGGCGGACGAGUUUGCAUCUGGAGAUCUGAAUCCAAAGGCCAUCGAACCGCUCAAAUCCUGGUUCCAUGGGGUGGAGGAUCCCGAGGAAACACCCUGGCCCAAGAAGUACACGGAGCUGGAGCCGCCGCUGCAGUUUGGUGCCGUACGAUUGCUUGUCGUACCGUUGGACGACUCGCCUGUCGUACUCCGCAUCGCGGCGAGCGUUACUGCGGACGUGAUGCGCUUGCUGCCCGAUGGCACCAAGGUGUUUGCGAACGCACGUGGCAACUACCACUGUACGGUCUUCCACACAUCCCAGCCCACCGACCCGCGUCCCGACCCCACCCGCCCCGACGGCGGCACCGACCCGACCCUGGAACCCUCCCGCCGCCGCCUGCCCACCGACGCCGAGUGGCGGCGAGAGCUGGAAAUUGUACGGCAGCUGGUCGCGGCGACGCCGCAGCCUUUGCUUCGGCCCCCCCAGUUGGAGCGGGUGGUUCAGGCCUCUACGGGCGUGUUGCUACUGACGUGGACGGAGGUGGGCCAGGGGGCCGUGGUCUCGGAUCUUCGCCGAAGGCUGAGGGAGGCUUUCCCUGGGGCAUCCACCAAGCAGACCCUGCCGAGAUCCACUCACAACAAAGUCCGAACUCCCCCAAAAAAUUCCCUUUCCCCCACGAAAAUCUUUGUCAAGGCCACCAUCAUCCACUCGUCGCUGCUGCGCAUCGUCAGCUCCCGACCGUUGGGCCCCGCGGCCGUGGACGCCGUUUCGGAGGCGUGCCGCCACUGGACCGCCAAGCUGCGAGGCACGCUGUACACCCCGCGCACGUUGUGGUUCAUUCGGGAGAUGGAGUUCUCCACCAUUGAGGGCGACCGGGAGGUGCUGACGUUGGGGGAUGCGAACGCGCCGCCACGGCACUGGUAAUCGCGAGUGCGCGCGUGUGUGUGAGUUUAUGUGUGCGACGGGGGAGUUGGGUCGGCUGAAGACGGAGGGGAAUCUUAGACUCAGGGCGCGACACGAGGGGCGAGGCGGGUUUAAAUCAUGAUGGAGGUGUUUAGGUAAGGAGGUAACUAGGCGACAAAAACGCCAUCGGGCGCCCUCGGGCGCGAAGCGGCGGGAGGGGAUUGGACAAGAGUGAUGUGAGGGGCCGUUAGCGGGGGGUGGGUUACAGAGGAGAGCGUGAGGUGCGACGGCAGCGGCGAUGUAGCUAGCGGGCGCUGUCCACAGCCCCGCAGGCGAGGGAUGGAUGGAUGGAGUCAGGAGGAAGCGCAGCAAAAGUGUGCGAGGGUCAGGUGCAUAUGGGGAUGGUAUGUGGGUGCAGAGGACGCCACCGACUGGCGACUUCAUCAUGAGCAGCGAGGGCGAUAACUAUCGUGGGCCACAAACGCGAACCACAACCCGUUGCAACGGCCACUUUAAGCUAUAAUGGAGUUGGACUUUCCAUUACCCGGACGCGUGUCAUGUUUGGGUAUGUGCGCGUUGUCUCACCGAGAACGAGGGGGACAGGUGCUCGCAAGGGCUGAGGUAGUGCCGCAGAAGUUUCAGAUGACCGCGUGCGGGAGGAGCGUUAUAUCCAAUGUUGAACGAAUAAUGCGAUGCGAAAGCGAGUUAGACCAUUUACCCCUCGGUCGUACGAGUUGCCAGGUAUGAGGGCCAUUGGAUGUCUCGGCUAUACGUUCGUGUUUCAUGGCAGCUGGGGCGAUUGGCAGAAGAUAAGAGGUGCGUGCACAAUGCGCUGUGAUAUGCGGAACUAUUG